CGUGUGAUCGCGUGUGUUACACGCGCGCGCUUAGGCGUGUGUUAGAUGGAGAGAGAAAGGAGAGAGAGGGAAGGAAGAGAGGGGGAAGAAAUAACAGAGUAUGGAGCGGUGAAAAAAAGAAGGAAAGAAAGAAAAAUGAAAAAAGGGAUUCGGUGAAGAGAAACGAGAACGGUGUUUAUGAAAGAGAAAACGAAAUGGAUAGACAGGAAAAGAGAGGAAGGAAGAGAGGGGGGAAGGAAGGAGUUCCUUUGGGAGGAAAAAGGUUAGAUACGAAGGAGAGGAUCAGGGUGAUGGGAUAGCGAUGGGAUUAAUUCGAUUUUCAUAAUAAGGAGAGAGAAUAAUUUGGAACGCGGUUGAAUUUGACUUGGUUUUUAUUCAUUGGAUGAGUUAUUUUUUAAAUAGUUGAGCAUUACUUGAAUGUUUGUUGAAUAGAAAGAUAUUAAAAAGGUGAAUAUUUAAUUUAAUUAAAUCUAAAAAAUAAUUAAUAAUUAUUUCUAGAAUCACAUGCAAUUUUUUUCUAAUUAUCAAUCAUAUAAAAUGUAAAUAUUAUAAUAUAUUAUUAUAAUAUAUUAUUCUUAAUUUAUCUCAAUUUCUCUUUUAUUAUACUAUGAGAAAAUUAAUUUAUCGAGUAUCACUGUUUAUCAAUUAUUUCUCUCAAAAUAUAAUCCAUUAUUUAAUUAAAAUUUAAUUAAAAUAUAAUUAUAAGAUGAUUGAAUUGAUAAGUUUGAAAUAAUGAAGAGAUUUUUCAAUACACUUGAAAUCUCGAAACCAAGAAAGCACUAAUUUACAAUUUUCUCCUUAUUCGAAUCGGCUCGAAUCACCUCGAACCCAUUACUACGACAAAGACGGCAAUAGAUCAACCCAAGACGAAAAAAGAUCAGGAAACGGGAGCGAAAGAGAGGGAGAGGAAUAGCGAGGAACGUUGGAGAGGUGGUGGAGCCAAGCUCGAACGAGAGGCGUGGAGAGAAGAAGACAGAGAGAAAGAGAGGGAGAGAGAAAAGGCGAGAGACCAUGAGUGAGUGGUCUACUCUACCGCAGUUAUGCCGACCGGCUCAACUCGGGUGCCGCCAAAUCGAACCCCGGUUCGAAUUCCACACUACCGUGGCCGCGAGAAAGAAGCCAAAGAGGAACAAGAAGAAGGUGAGGACGAGGACGAGGAAAAAGAAGAAGAAACAAAAACGACGAAGAAAAGAUCUGUAAAAAAAGGUGACCGAAAAAGGAGAAGAGGAAAAAAAAGAAAAGAAAGAAAAAGGCACGUGUGUCGUGUGAGAAAGAAACAAGUAGAAUAGCAGAAAGAAGGGACAAAGGGAAAAGAUAUUGAAAUAUUUUGAUGGGAGUUUCUGUUUACAGCACUGAGAAUAUAACAAACAUUGAAGUUUGAAACAACUGGAUCUAUACUCUGAAAAAAAUUCCACAAAAAAAAGUGCAAAAGAGAAAUUCUUGCUUGCGUAAAAAUUAUAAAGAUGAUACAAUAUAAUUUGACUAAAUAUAAACUAUAUGAAAUAAAAAAGAAACGAUACAAUUUGGAAACAAAUCUAUCCUCUACAAAAUCUAUACAGAAAAUGAAGAACGAAAUUUUUAAUAUUUGAAGAAUCUAAAAUUAAAACAAAGGAAGAUUCUACUAUUUCACAUAAGAAUUAAAAAAGAACAACGAUCUAAUACCCAAAAUUCAUCUCCAUUUUUCUAAAAAAUUCUUUCAUAAAAAGAAAAAAAAAAAGAAAAACUCAAUCAAACUCAAAAAUUAAAACGAAGAAUCCAAUAAGAUUCGCAAUCCACUUAUGCGAAAAUAAGAAAAAAUUCCAAAGAAAAUGUUCAUUAGAAAUUUUCAUCGUGAAUCUCCAACGUCGAAUUGAAAUUUCCUCGACAAAAAUAACGACGAGGAAGCCAACAACCCUGUCUCCAAUCUUCCGAAAGAUCCUCUUCUCUCGUAGGAAAGAGAGAGAGAGAAAGAGAGAGAGAGAGAGAAAGAGAGAGAGAGAGAGCGAGCGAUACCACCGAGAGGAUCUCGAGGUUUCGAGUAUUCUCUGUGAAAACAGAUCUUUCGUAGAGGCAAACAGAGUCGAAAUUUCACUGCAACCUAUAUGGAAAAACACGUUGGACCCUUGGGAGAGACUGGGAGAAAAAAUUCGGCCGCGAUAAAUUCGGAUCAGCGACGCGGAUAAAUCGAAGGCAGGGAGAAAUCGAAGCGAAGGGAGGGAGGAGCCGGAAGAGGAAGAUCGCGCGACCGGGUAAAACCUCGCGCGAAUAAAUUGAAAGAAAUACACAAGAAAAGAAAUACAAAAGGAAGGUGGAGGGAGGAGUGGUGGACGGUCGAAAACGCUGAUAAACGGUUGAAUAAUGGGCGGGCAAAUUGCAGGAGUGGAGGAGGAGCGCGUGAUAAACGUACGGACGAUACAAAUCCUUUUGGGCGAGGCGCGGACAUUCCGGAACUGGAUGGGAAGCGCGGUGUUUCCGCGCCUCGUGUUUCCAAUUUUAUUGUGGAAAUGACGAUAACUCGUUGAAUUUUCGAUACAAGUUCCUUUCUUAGAUCUUUUUUAAUCGAUCGAGAUGAAAGAUAGAAGGAUUGAGGAUCGGAUGAAAGAGAGAGUUUGAAGACAGUAAGAGAGAAGAAAAAGAAUUUUGAAUUUAUUUAAUUGUAAGAAAGAGGACCCGAGACAAAUUUAGAAGAAAAAUAUAAAAUUCGCGAAAUAUCAAGGAAAAGAGAGAAUGAUUUCGGAGAAGAAGUUCAAAACAAGAAGAAUCGGAAGGGAAGCCCAUAAAGAGGAAAAUCUGAAGGUAGUUCAACGUCGCAAAUCCAAUUUUAAAAGCUUCACGUGAGAUUAAACGCCACUUGAACGCUUCUCCCAUGACUUUAAACUCGCUUCUUAAUGGCGCAAUACGUUCCAACGUGUCCACGGCUAUCAAGCGAAAGUUACAAACUAUUCUGUUGGAAAAAAGUUAAUAGUUGAUCGUAAAGAGAGUAAAUCACGCAUAAUAAAAAUCAGCCUAAACGCGCAAUUUUCUCCAUUAGUGCUCCUUUGUGUUUCUUUAAAGGAAAACUGCAUUUAGGACAGUGAUUUUAAUCUCGAUUUCGAUUUUAAAUUUCGAGAAACGAUGAUGAUAAGAUAAACAUAACACGUAGACGAAUUAAAAGAUAAUUUAUCUGAAGUGAUAUUUUUCGUUUCUUUUUCUUUUCUUUUUUUUUUUGUUGUUGUGAUCGUGAGAUUUUUGUUGUUGAAAUUAAUGAAAAUGAUGACGACUACUGCCGGUGUUAGUGGGGCUGGGAUGCUGAGGACCAGGCGCAGGGAUUGCAGCGUGAAACCGAACAGGAAACUCGACCGGAAAUCCUCGAGGGGGAUGAUUUAUGAGAACGAGGAGCUUAGACUGAGGACUAUUCACAUUAACGCCGAAGUGGAGCAAGGUCAGAACGACAUCAAGAAGCUGCGAAGGGAGAACGAGCAGCUACGUAGAGAGAUAUGGAGCCUCAGAGACGAAUACGACAAGCUCGAGGAGAUACUGAAGAGACAGAAGAGCCGCGGAGAAAGCGAAGAAUACGAAGAUCGCUCCGACGAGGAUGACGAUGUGCGAUCAGAAUACUCUUUCGAGGAAGGGGAGGAAUUCAGUGAGAAUGGGCAAGAGGAUGCGACCAAGGAACCCGAACAACUAGAAAACGCGGAAAAUCAAAAAAUAUCCACUGAAAAAAUGGCGAGUAACGCGCUGCACAGGUUGCAUGUGGAUUUCGACGAUCUUUCGGUGGUCGACGAGGAGGAGGAGCCUAAAAGAGACAAGAAAGAGAUUUCUUCCGAAGAUAAUUCGCAAUUCAAAGAGGAGAAAAGUUCCCUUUCCAUUCUGAAAUCGAGGCAACUUCACGAAAACGUUCCCUUCUACCCUGGCGCAUAUCAAUCACCGACUUGCCUAAACAGCCCAGCUUACUAUACUGAGUGUCCCUUCAAAUUUCCAAGCACGUUGAAUCUAAUGAUGUCUACAGAACCAGCGUCGAUGCUAACCACCACUCCCUGCCUGCCAAUAAACGCAGAUCCUAUAAUCCCGAUAGAUCCACUGUUGCCUUCUGUGAGCCUAGGUGGCCCAAUGGAUCAGAUCAACGACCAGAUACUGCACGCGCCACCUGCAGGCUGGCAGAGCAACAUUAUGAUACCUGAAACACAGGUGGCCACGUUUGGAACAACCGAUGCUAAUUUAACGAGCGUGCAGACGUUUGCUGGGAUUCGUCAAGAUCAGACGAAACCUGGUGGGCAAAUGAUCGGUGGUUUUGCUUUGCCAACCUCCUUCCACAGAAGAAAGAUCGAUGAUUUAAUGAUAACGAAUAAUACGAUUAACUCUAAUGUAGCUGGGAGUACGCACGAAAACACGGAGAAUAUUGUCGAGAAUGGAUGGAGCACGAAUGGAAAUUUGAAGGAUUCAUUGGAUCGGAGAGAGAGGACGAAGGAGGAAAGUCCUGUGUCGGGAAGCGAGAAGCCGAAACAUUUUUUUGCUCCGUUGCCUUCAAAAAUAAAGAAACAGAGUGAGGAAUCUUCACCCACGAUCAGUUAUCUUGGGACUGGGAAUAGUUCAAGCAGCGAUAAGACUGGAUCCACUAUAAUCCUCAAGAAUCAAUUAAUAAAAGGAUCACCUGACGUAUAUGUGAAUGGGGCAGUUCCGUACGAGGACAAUUUUCCGAAUAACAAAGGUGAACAGAGAACGUUCCUAAGCACGGACAAUUUGCUGAUCGAGAACGCGAAAUCUAGCACCGGUAAUCAAUUGACAAAAUCGAUGUCGUGGCAAGAUUUGUCCACCAAGUCGCAGCCUGUCUCUGCCAAUCAGGCUGAAGGUAAGCAACAGAUGUUGACCCGAAGCGACAACACUUUGGACAAUAUAUCAGACUCGAAACCGUACAAGUCGUAUCUGAACGUAACUUUGAAGCCGCCACGCGCAGAGAGGGUGCCUGCUGCUCUUGAGCAGGCGGCCAGUCCCGACACGCCGGAGAUCCCAAAGUUACCCACUAUAGACUAUCGACUUUUCAAGAAUCCCUUUCUACGAAGUUUCGAGGCGACCGCCGGUUAUAUGAACCAAAACAACAUCACCAGACCCCUGUCGGUCCAAGUGAACGACGACAACCUGUGCUACUACCCUCACUCUGAAACCUCCACUUUCAAGAGGGGGAUGAUACCUUUCGGGGACAAGUACAGGCAGACUGAUCAAAAUCGUCUCCUUAUCCCUACCAAUCAAUUAGUCAACGGAAAACUGAUGUCCCCGGCGAACAAACAUCAGAUCCAAGUGACUUCCUUCGAAAGGCCCAGUCCUCACACCCUCAUAGGCCCGUCGACGCCUUACGAGUUUAACGCUGGUCGCAGAUUGAACCCGAACCCGUAUAUGCAUGGGCAAAACAUUUACCAAAACGUGUCCUAUUUUUCGAGGGGAUGCUCCGUGUAUCCACAGAGGGGAAUGAUGUAUUACGAUAACCUGGCGUUGAAGGUGGCGGCCCAGACUCAGACCUCUAUAGACGGCGACUCUCAUCAUGAGGACGAACACGCGUUGUCCCACGAAGAGAGCGCGCCCAGCACGCCAAACGGGCAACGUAGAAAAAGGACGAUCAGAAAGGAGAAAGGAAACGUUGGCAAGGAACAGAAGCCUUUGUCGCCGGCCGCUCAGAGGAGAUUAAAGAAGCAGGGCAGCGUCACCUCAUCGGAAAUGCCCGAGUCUCCGGGUAAAGUGACUCGAAAGAGGGCAAGAAGGCUUAGCAUCACGACGACGACUACGUCAGAGGGGCAGGAGGACAAGAAUGAGAGCAGGUCGUCCUCGUCGGGUCAAGAUUCGCCGAAAAAGGAGCAAUUGAGGAGGGUGUCUCUAUACUUUAAUGCGAAGAAAAGGCCCUCCUUGACCUCGAUGAGGACCGUGAGGAGCAGCAGUUUGGACAUGGGCAAGGAAAAGGAGGCGCUCAACUCUGAGAGGGAGAGGACUAAUUCUGUUAGCAGCAGAGAGAUUGGCAACGAAGCCAAGACGAGAAAGGCAAGCACCAGCAGUGGGAACGUGCCUUGGUGCGCCUGUUGGGGCAACGGGUGUGUUUAGGGACUUGAUAAUUGGUUUUAUUGGUGGAUCUCCUCAGAUCUAAUUAAACGUUUUAUUUGCGUUGCGGAGGUGAUUUAUCAAGGGUCUGGCCCUUGCCUUUCAUUUUAAUCAGUAUGAUGCGUGAUUUGCUGAAUGAACGAGUGAAAUUUAAAUUGUAAUAAUCAUCGAUGUUACGGAUUCUUUUUAAAAGAAGAAAUUUCUCUUCAGAAAACUGAAAAGAUUCUCUUCUUAAAAGUCUGAAAUGUCCUCUUAAAUGUUGGAUGGCAAAUAUUGGAAGUUUCUGAUUUUCGAGGAAAUAUGUAAAAAAUUCUUGGCGAAUUAUUCAGCAAGAAAUCGUUCACGUUUUCAAGGUGAGCCAGAUUUGGAAGGAUCCACCUUUAAGACGAGUGGUUUCUCGAGUGGCCAAGGGAAAUAUCGAACAGAAAGGAAGGGAGGACGUGGAGGAAGCGUAUCGACCUUUGGCGUAACUAUAAGGCAACCGCUGCAGCCAAUGGGAGAAGUCGUAAAACUAGGGCCAGGCGGAACCAGGACACCAUAAAACCAGUUACCAUUCAAGUGACAGUCGCAAGUCGUGGCAGUUCUUGCCAAGAAUACGAAAAUAUGGUCUCUCGACACUUAAGGUGCAAGUGAAUCGAAUCAGGGGAUUAAUAUUUAAUCGGGCCUCAUCGAUGAUAGGUCUCGAUAAAAAUUUCAUGAAGAAACUGAGUCGGUGGAAAGUGGUGUUGUGGUAUUAUAUAAUUUUAUAUCUUAUCAUUUCUUGAUAAUGUGAACAAUUUGGAUGGAAUGAAAGUUCGAUCGUUUUAUAUUUUAUAUUGAAUUAACAAUUUGAAUUUAAGUUUAAGAAUAUUAAAUUAAGGAAUACUACGUCUGUGCAUUUAAUUAUGUUAAGGAGAUUCUUAUAAGAGAGAUAAGAAAUAUAUGUAAAUGUUAAAUGUUAAGUAAAAAAUAUAUAUAUAUUAAAUAAGUUAAAAUUGAAAUGAUAAAAAAUUAUAGUUCUAUUUAUAAUUUACUUUUUGAGAUAUAUGUAUGUAUUUAUUAUAAUUUAUUAAACAAAAUAAUCAAAUUAAAUCAAAUUAAAAAUUUUAACUAACGUUUUUAUAAAAUAUAUUUUUCGAAUAAAUGAAUAAAAUUAAAUAUAUUUAAAAUUUUAUUAAUGACAAA